AUGUUCUCCAAGACGUUAAGGUUCUUAAAGCCAUCGGAUAAUGAGAUUUCAGCCGUAUAUUCAGAAGAAGUUCCUGAAUUCACUUGUGAUGGUUCACAAGGGGAUAACUUUGUGAAGGCAUUUUCUAAGGACGAACUUAGUAGUAUUGAUCAACUUCGGCAGAGAUUGCCUGUAUUUAGAUGGAGAAGUCACUUUCUCUACCUCUUGGAAACCAACCGAUUGAAUAUCUUACUUAUUAUAAACCUGCUUAAACACUCAAAAUAUUUUAGUGUUGUUGUGAUCACCGGAGAAACUGGAAGUGGUAAAUCGACUCAGCUACCACAGUAUAUAUAUGAAGCUGGCUGGUUAAAUGCCCGGCCCACGAAGGAUCAUCCUCAAGGAGUAACAAUGGCGAUUACGCAGCCUAGACGAGUAGCUGCGAUAACACUGGCAACUCGUGUUGCAGAGGAGAAAAACUGGAAGCUUGGUGUUCAAGUCGGAUAUUCAAUAAGAUUUGAAGAAUGCUCUUGCCCUGAGAAAACUGUCCUAACAUUUUUGACUGACGGCAUGCUGAUUCAUGAGCUUUCACGUGACCCUUUGUUGCGGCGAUUUCGUGUCAUAAUGCUAGACGAAGUCCAUGAACGUUCUUUACACACUGAUCUUCUUCUUGGUUUAGUUAAAAAAGUACUCCGAAAGCGACCGUGGGAUCUGCGACUUGUCGUUUCAUCUGCAACUCUUCAGGCGUCCAUCCUUGAUAUGCUAUUACACAAAUUUUCAGCAAGGACUCACUGGCAACAUUCCCCAAACACGUUGUCAAUAAUGGUGGCCGCAUCAGCAUUAACUCCAUUGAUUCGCAACCAUCUCGUAUGA